AUGGGGGCUGGGGCCAGCGCGGAGGAGAAGCACUCGCGGGAGCUGGAGAAGAAGCUGAAAGAAGACGCUGAGAAGGACGCCCGCACCGUCAAACUGCUGCUUCUGGGUGCCGGAGAGUCCGGGAAAAGCACCAUCGUCAAGCAGAUGAAAAUUAUCCACCAGGACGGAUACUCGUUGGAAGAGUGUCUGGAGUUCAUUGCUAUAAUUUACGGCAACACACUGCAGUCCAUUCUGGCCAUCGUGCGCGCCAUGACCACGCUCAGCAUCCAAUAUGGAGACUCGGCGCGUCAGGACGAUGCUCGGAAGCUGAUGCACAUGGCCGACACCAUCGAAGAGGGCACUAUGCCCAAGGAGAUGUCGGACAUCAUCCAGCGGUUGUGGAAGGACUCGGGUAUCCAGGCCUGCUUCGACCGCGCCUCGGAGUACCAGCUCAACGACUCAGCCGGCUACUACCUCUCGGACCUGGAGCGCCUGGUAACCCCGGGCUACGUGCCCACCGAGCAGGACGUGCUGCGCUCGCGAGUCAAGACCACCGGCAUCAUUGAGACGCAGUUCUCCUUCAAGGAUCUCAACUUUCGGAUGUUCGACGUGGGCGGGCAGCGCUCGGAGCGCAAGAAGUGGAUCCACUGCUUCGAGGGCGUGACCUGCAUUAUCUUCAUCGCGGCGCUCAGCGCUUACGACAUGGUGCUAGUGGAGGACGACGAAGUGAACCGCAUGCACGAGAGCCUGCACCUGUUCAACAGCAUCUGCAACCACCGCUACUUCGCCACCACGUCCAUCGUCCUCUUCCUCAACAAGAAGGACGUCUUCACCGAGAAGAUCAAAAAGGCCCAUCUGAGCAUCUGCUUCCCGGACUACGACGGGCCCAAUACGUACGAGGACGCGGGCAACUACAUCAAGGUGCAAUUCCUGGAGCUCAACAUGCGGCGCGACGUGAAAGAAAUCUACUCCCACAUGACCUGCGCCACCGACACGCAGAACGUCAAGUUCGUCUUCGACGCCGUCACCGACAUCAUCAUCAAGGAGAACCUCAAAGACUGCGGGCUCUUCUGA